CCCAGAAGAAGAAGCUGACACAAACAUGGCGGACGCGUAUCAACGCUGAAGACGAAGCUGUAAAAGUUUGUUGCAACAGGAAGUCACAUUCAUGUCAACAUCGUCUGUGGCAAAGCCGUAACCCGCUGGUUCGUCAUCUUCCUAACUUGUCAACCAGCCAUGAUUGAGGACAAGGGUCACCGUGUAACUGAUUACUUUGUGGUGGCUGGGCUGACUGACCGGUCCAAACCGUUGGAGCAGGACCUGUCUGAGACCAAGUCCAGUGGACCCAAGGCUCCAAUCACUGACUUGGCUGUCAUUAACCGUUCUGCUGGUGAGGCAGUGCCAGAGGGCUUCACCUGCAUCGACUCCACGCCCAGUGGCCAGCCUGCCAAUCUGAACCAUGGCAGCCUGAAGAGUCCAGAACUGUUCUUGUGUUACAAGAGGGGCAGAGGAAAGCCACCGCUCAUAGACAUUGGUGUGCUGUAUGAGGGGAAGGAGCGGUUGAUCCAAGGCUGUGAAGUCAUCCAGGCUACACCAUAUGGCCGCUGUGCAAACGUCAACAACAGUUCUGCCACCUCUCAGCGCAUCUUUAUCACAUUCCGGCGAGCGCCGCCCGUGCAGCCUCAGAACUCGCUUGCCGUAACGGACAUCUGCGUCAUCGUUGGCAGCAAGGGCGAGAAUCCGCCACACACAUUUUGUAAGGUGGACAAGAACUUGAACUGUGGCAUGUGGGGCUCCAGUGUGUUUCUCUGCUAUAAGAAGUCUGUCUCUUCUUCCAACUCCAUCAGUUACAAAGCUGGCCUCAUUUUUCGCUAUCCUGAGGAGGACUAUGAGUCUUUUCCUCUGUCUGAGUCUGUACCUCUGUUCUGUUUGCCAAUGGGGGCUAAGAUUGAAUGCUGGGCGCCGAAUACACGGGACCCCUUACCCGUCUUCUCAACAUUUGUCCUGACCAUCUCUUCAGGGGAAAAGGUCUAUGGGUCUGCGAUCCAGUUCUAUGAACCUUACCCUGUGGAUCUCUUGAGUGAGAAGCAAAAGGUCCAGUUGGGUCUUCUCACCACUGUGGAGAAGAAAGUGAUUCCUAACCGGCCCGUGAACACCAACAAGUGUAUCUGCCUGCUGUCCCGCUGGCCUUUCUUUGAGUCCUUCCGCAAGUUUCUCAUGUUCCUCUACAAGCUGUCCGUCUCUGGUCCACACCCACUGCCUAUCGAAAAACACAUCUCACAUUUCAUGCACAAUGUUUCAUUUCCAUCGCCACAGAGGCCCAGAAUUCUGGUUCAGCUCUCUGCACACGACACUCUGAACCUGUCACAGCCUGUUUCGACUCCAUUACCUCUUAGCGGGGCAGACUAUGGCACGCUGCUAAUGAAUCUGGGUGCGGAGAACUGUGCAACUCUUCUGCACUUCGUCUUGCAGGAGAGUAAAAUCUUGCUGCACUCACUGAGACCUGCUGUGCUGACGGGGGUUGCCGAGGCAGUGGUGGCGAUGAUCUUCCCAUUUCAGUGGCAGUGUCCUUACAUCCCUCUUUGUCCACUGUCUCUCGCUGAUGUCCUUAAUGCACCGUGUCCCUUCAUUGUGGGCGUGGACUCUCGCUACUUUGAUCUUUACGACCCUCCUCCUGAUGUGGUUUGCGUGGACCUGGACACCAACACCAUCUACCUCUCUGAUGAGAAGAGACACAGCAGCUGGAAGAAUCUUCCGAAAAAGCCCUGCAAGAGCCUCAACAACUCUCUGAACAGCCUGCACCACCAGCUUGCCACAGUUUCAGUGCACCAGAGUGUUUCGGAGGGCUCAGCCUUGGACAUGACCCCAAUUGAGGCAGACUUUACCUGGCACAAAAAGAAGACCGCGCUGGAGAUGGAGAUCCAGGAGGCCUUCCUGCGUUUCAUGGCCUCCAUCCUGAAGGGCUACCGCAGCUACCUUAAACCCAUCACCCAGGCACCAUCUGAGAAAGCCACUGCAGCAGAUUCACUCUAUGACCUGCAGGGAUUUUUGAAGAGUCGAGAUCGGGCCCAUCAGAAGUUCUACUCUCAGCUAACCAAGACUCAGAUUUUUAUCCGCUUCAUUGAAGAGUGUACCUUUGUCAGCGACAAGGACACGGGUUUGGCCUUCUUCGACGACUGUGUGGAAAAGCUAUUUCCUUCUGAUAAAAUCACAGACAAGAGCAGCAAGGUGGAGGCAGAGUCAUCUGAGGACACCAGACUGUUGGAACUGGAUGAGUCCCAGAAGAGCGAACACACAGUGUUUGUAAUGCCACCUGAACCCCCAGCGGAUGAAGUCUCCAGAUACAUGUACAAAGGUUUCCCGAGGCUUCAGGUGAAUUUGUUUGACCGGCCAAGAGAGUUACGUCCAGCCAUCAGUACCAGAGCUGCUGGUGCCAGUCUGUCCAGCAGCCCCGCACUGCUGGCAAAGAGGACCAAGCAGGAGAUCAAGCUUGCCUACAAGUUGGCCAGGCGUUACUACUCCAACCCCCCUCUGUGGGCACGCUGUCUGUUCAGUCACUGUUAUAGCCUGUGGUUCAUCUGCCUGCCUGCUGCGGUGACACUGGCCAAGUCUAAAAGCAGAGCUAUGCAGCAGGCGUACAAUAUCUUGCUGAAAAUGAGGACCACAGAGGUGGAGGUCCUUGAUGAGGUGUGCUACAGGGUGGUCAUGCAGCUUUGUGGUGUCUGGGGUCUCCCUGUUAUGGCAGUGCGAGUUCUGGUGGAGAUGAAGAAAGCUGGAAUCCAUCCCAACGCCAUCACGUAUGGAUACUACAACAAGGCGGUCCUUGAGAGCCCCUGGCCCAGCCGGAACCGCAGCGGUCUCUUCAUGUGGACCAAACUGAGGAAUGUGCUGCGAGGCAUCGUGCAGUUUAAAUAUGGGAUUAGUCAAACAUCAACCACAAAGGAAACCACAGAUUCAGCGACUGGAGGAGCAUCUCCAUCUGUAGGUGAUCAUUUGAGUGGUUGCCAUCCCAGCAGCCCUGGAGCAGCCAUUGAGCCCCGUCUUGUCCACAGUACCACAGAUACUCCAGAUACUCACCAAGGGCCGCAGCUGGAUCAGGGCUAUGGCUCCAAAGACGAGUUACCCCAGGAGGAAUCCCAACUGCCUGUCGUCCCAACAGCUGAGGACAGUGUGGCAGCAAAGAAGAACGGCACCAGCUCUGGCUCAGUGGACAGUGCAGUAGCAGUGUCAGAACCAUGUGGCCUGCCUGAAGUGUCCUCCACAGCCCGUGGCAUUGUGAAGCCAUCUGGCAGUUUUGAUGCUGGCAGGGACUCUGGUGGAGGGUCCCUUUUCAGACGGAAGAGUAAUAGUGACAACGUGUCUCUGCCUGAUGACCUCACUUCUCGGGAGCCAAAUGAAGCUACUAAACAACACAGGCAGAAGGCCUUUGCUGAACGCAGUUGCAGCUUUAGUGCAGAGACACGGGCCGGCAUGCUGCUGGACAAAGGUGUUGACAACAUGGCCAGUCGGAUGGGUGCAGACACUCGGAUCCUCGCUGCGGCUCUGUCUACUGGCCAGAGUCCUCCUCCCAGCACGGUCUCGAAAUCACUCUUCACAGACCUGGAUGAAGAGCCGGAGGAUGAAGAUGGGUCGAUGCCGAGGAGGCUAGAGGAGGAAGAGCAAAAAGUGGACGUGAGAAAGGACAGUGGACAUCAGAUACCCACUGAGACCAAUGAGGAUGAGUCAGGGUUACGGAGUGCAACUCUAGAGAGAGCUGACGUGGAGGUUGGCGCAGACCCCCUCUCCCUUCUGGUCUCUGAGAGUGAAGAGUCUGCCUCAGUCAGUAGUCAGGACCCCCCACGCCCUCCUGCGGUGGUCUCACGCAACCUUGCAGAGGAGAUCGAGAUGUACAUGAGCCUGCGGAGUCCCCUCGGGGUCAAGUCCUCUAGUAUGGAGUUGCAGGAGGACCAGGGUGACUCCUCUGAUGCCCCUCAGGCCAAGCAGCCUCUUGGGCGGAGGUCCAGCCUCCCUGUGCCUGCUGGAGGGCCCUCACAAGAAACUCCCAAGCGCAGCCCCGGCACAGUUACUCGCUCCAAGACAUUUGCAGUCAAGACAAAGACCCAGGGAAGCACAGCAGGAAGCCCUGGUCCUAAACCUUCCUCAUUGACUGCGCUGGUCAAGUCCUCCCAAGGAGGCUCGCUGGGCUCGGUCAUUAAUUCCUUUUCAGGUAUCAAGAUGGAUAAUCUGCUGUCAGGACCCAAGAUGGAUGUGCUCAAGUCUGGAAUGAAGCAAGCUGCAACUGUGGCCAGCAAAGUGUGGGGGGCUGUAGCCUCUGCGUACUCUUACUCGGACGAUGAGGAUGAGCAGGGACAAGGAGGAGGAGGCUUCCCUGCCCAUCUAGAUGAGCACAUGCUGUCAGCCCAUGACAUAGAUGAGAGUCCUGAGAAACCCAUAAUCCCUGGGCUUGUGUCCAAUGGACUAAACCGGAGCUGCACCAGCCUUGGCAGCAGCAGUGGCAGCAGUGACACGGGCAGAGGAACACAAGCCACUCAUGCUACUCCUGGGAGGUCUGGACGUGGUCUGGAUUCUGACCUGGGAUCCUCUCAUCAUGCCUCGUCCUCCAGCAUCUAUCAAAACUGUGCACUGGAGGUGCUGAUGUCCAGCUGCUCACAGUGUCGCAACUGUGGAGCGCUGGUGUAUGACGAGGAGAUCAUGGCAGGCUGGACGGCAGACGACUCCAACCUCAACACAAACUGCCCCUUCUGUCGCACUCCCUUCCUUCCUCUGCUGCUUGUUGAGUUCCACGACCUGCGAACCAUGACCAGGUUCUACAUGAACCCCAGCGCCUCAGGGGACAGCAUCCACAGCAGCAGUACUCAGCCCACAGCCAGCAGCUCAGUGGACAUGAAGACCCAGGACCUCAUCUCCUUUCCUGAAGAGGGAUCUGGUCCAGAACAUGGUCCAGGAGCCCAGCAGAGGUACACCACGACAUCAGUGGUUCAUGUCUUCUUGAGCUUCUCUCAUCACCCGUCUCUGUCCAGUUUGGUACCAGAGCCUGUUCAGUCUGACCCUCUCGGUCUACUGGAACAUCAGGGGGCUAAGAAACAGCAGCAGUGCCACGGUGGGACGUCGCUGACCCGCAGCAACAGUGUGGGAGGACCUCUACAGGGUCUGGAUUCUUCCCUUAGACCUGGUCAUGGGGUGUCCACCACAAGUCUACCUUGCAGCCUUCUGGAGGUGUCGGAUGGUAUGGGAGCCAAAAGGCCCAACCCUAAACCUGUGUCUGUGCCGUACCUGAGCCCGCUGGUGUUGCGGAAAGAACUUGAGACUUUGCUGGAGAACGAGGGAGACCAGGUGAUAUAUACCCACAAGUUCCUGAGCCAGCACCCCAUCAUCUUCUGGAACCUGGUGUGGUAUUUCCGGCGCCUGGACCUUCCCACUCACCUCCCAGGACUCAUUUUGACCUCGGAACACUGCAACAACGGAAUCUCUCUUCCACUGACGUCACUGUCGCAGGACAGCAAGCAGGUUUACAUCCAACUCCUGUGGGACAACAUCAACCUGCACCAGGAGGCUGGGGAACCCUUGUACCUUCAGUGGAGGACCCUGUUGCAAAAGAAGGGCACGCUGGCUCCGACUGACCACCUGGAGAUCCGAACUCUCCUCAACACGAUAGUUCGGAACAUCCAGACUAACGAUGUUUAUGGCCCCAUCAACCUGCUGAUCCGAGAGAUUAAACGACUGCCGGAGGGAGUCAAGCGUCAGAGGAGUGUUUACCGGGAGAUCUUGUUUCUCUCUUUGGUGGCAUUGGGACGAGAAAACAUCGACAUCGAAGCUUUUGACCGCGAGUACCAGAUGGCCUUCGAUGCUCUGAGUGCUGAGCAGCUUCAGAGCCUUGAAAAAGUGGACCACCCGCCCAGCCAGAGUGUCCAGUGGUGCCUGAAGAGUUUUGGCUCUCCCUUCAUCUAGUUGCUGGGCCGCUUCCGUCUGAGGUCCUUUAGUCAUGGCUUAGAUGUCUAUGUGCACUUUUGCAGAGCAGCAACUCCUAUUGUACAUAUUUUCCAUCAGUGUGCAGCCACUGAGUCGCUCAGUGGCGCCCCCUGUCUGUAAAUAUGAGCUGGUGUGUAAAUGAGGGAUGACUCGCAACAUUCCAUUCGAUGCAGGUCUUAAACAGUCGUCAUAGCUGACGUUUUAGGUGUUUAUCGUGUUUUAAGCUCAUUUGUUCGUCGUCAUCACGUUAGAUUCGAUUUUUAAUCUCUGACCACAAACAUUCCACCACAGAUCGUUGCACCGUCUGUCAGUAACACUUUUGUCCAAACGAUGAAUUUAUUUAUUUUUGUAAAAUUGACUCGAGGAUCUUUAUGAGCCCAAUGUCAGAUGUGCUGCAAUAAACAAGUU